AUGGCAAUAUAUACGGGCCUAACGGGCCGGGCUUUUGUGGGCGGGCCGGGCUGGGCUCUCUUGGGCUUAAUCGGGUCGGGCUUAUGGGUUGGGCUGGGCUUCAGACACCUAAGCCCAAGCCUAGCCCAGCCCAAUGCGGGUCAGGCCAUCCAAAAGCCCAUAUUGGGCCAGGCCGGGCUAUUUCUCGAUGGGCCGGGCGGGCCCCCAUCGGCCCAUGAGCCCGCGGGCCAAAUGAUGAGGCCUAUGCCAAGUGAAGCAAGCCCCGCGCUGCACCCUAGCACUCUCUUUGGUAAUCCUCUGGUAAUUCAGACUACGGUGGAAGCGGAGCUUCUGGCCCAAAUGAUUUCCCUUCGGAAGGAAAUGGCCAAGCUCCAAGAACAUAACAACCUCCUCUCGUCCAAAGUAGACGAAACUCAGUGGCUGCUUAAUCAGCAGGAAACGCAGAAUAUUCAAUCUACAGAACCUUCCCAGAGUCUGCAGACCCCCAGUCGGCAGAAGAAUGGGAAGAAGGGGGCAAAGGCAACGCCUACGCCUUUCAAACAACUAGUAGUCCCAACCCCACGGGACCAGCCUCAUGUACCAAAGAAGUUCUACGCCGACUGUCGCCAUCGACUCAACGACAAGGAUGCUGAACGGCAGAGGUCCCCAGUCAUGGUCAACGCUCACUUGAGGGACCCACGGAUGAGGGUCCUUGGAGACAAGUCGCCCCUUAGAAAGGUCCAGGGGUUGGGGUCGGAGGCAGAAUCUGACGACCAGUAUGCCCUCUCCAAGGGCACCGAAUCACACUACCGUUCGGAAACUCCCACGGAGUAUUCGAAGGCAAGAGCACCAAGUCCGAGGAGAACCUCCGAAGACUAUAUUUCUGAGGAGAUCCUAAGCCGAGACCCUGCAAUCCGUCUGCUCUCCCAGAGAAUCCAGAAGAUGGAGGACGACCGAACUCGGUCCUAG